UAACACCAAUAAGGGUAUUUGAGUCUUUUCGAUCCACAGCCACUUAACCUAAUUAUUUUAAAUUCAGUUAAACCCUUUUCGCAGCCAGCAUCAUCUUGUAUUCAGUUCCCUCUGUUUCAUUUCUCACACGUAGUUUCUUGUAUAGAACAAAAAACACAAUGAAUGCUGCUUCGUUAUUCUCAUGCUCUAUGCAUAUGGGAGUUACUAAUCCAAAGAUAGAUUCAAAAACCUCUGCAUUUUGUUUAUUAAACCGUCCGCGGAUUCAUUUGAAGUCAUUUUCACCGUUUGAAGUUUUGGAAAAAUCGAAACUUUCAAGCAAAGGCAGCGAGAUUCUGUGCCGGGCGGGCGCACUUCAAGUUGAAAGUGCACCUUUGUUUUCUGUUGGGCAAAAGUUUCAAUUUGAUGAUGUGAUUGAAGCUCAACAAUUUGAUAGAGAAACUCUCAGUGCUAUAUUUGAAGUUGCAAGGAGUAUGGAGAAUAUUCGGAACAACUCGUCCGGGAGCCAAAUGCUAAAGGGUUACCUCAUGGCUACAUUGUUUUAUGAACCUUCCACUAGAACUAGGCUUUCAUUUGAAUCUGCCAUGAAAAGAUUAGGUGGGGAUGUUCUCACAACUGAAAAUGCUAGAGAGUUUUCGUCCGUGGCUAAAGGAGAGACGCUCGAAGAUACUAUAAGAACGGUUGAAGGUUACUCUGAUGUAAUUGUGAUGCGGCACUUUGAAAGUGGUGCAGCCAAAAAAGCUGCAGCAACUGCUACCAUUCCAGUAAUCAAUGCAGGCGAUGGCCCGGGACAGCAUCCCACUCAGGCGCUGUUAGACGUAUAUACCAUUGAAAGAGAGAUAGGAAAGCUGGAUGGAAUUAAAGUUGGGCUUGUCGGAGACCUUGCUAAUGGGAGGACAGUACGCUCACUUGCAUACUUACUUGCCAAGUAUCGGGAUGUGAAAUUAUAUUUUGUCUCUCCUAAUGUGGUCAAAAUGAAGGAUGACAUAAAAGAGUAUCUGACAUCAAAAGGAGUGGAGUGGGAAGAAAGUUCUGAUUUAAUGGAAGUGGCUUCUAAAUGUGACGUGGUUUAUCAAACUCGCAUUCAGAAGGAAAGAUUUGAAGGGAAACUAAACCUUUAUGAAGAGGCAAGAGGCAAGUACAUUGUGAAUCAAGAUGUUCUAAAGGUGAUGCAAAAUCAUGCUGUUGUAAUGCACCCUCUUCCAAGACUCGACGAAAUCGAAGUCGAUGUUGAUAGUGAUCCAAGGGCUGCUUACUUUAGGCAGGCAAAGAAUGGUUUAUAUAUAAGGAUGGCUCUAUUAAAGGUUUUGCUUCUUGGUUGGUAAAAGAUGUGUUCAUUUUCCAAGUGACCAAGAUGAUUUAAUCCUAAAUUGUUUGAGUAGUUAUCUUAGUUUACUUGUCUUUGUCGCCUAUGUUGACAUCAGAGUCUCACAUAUAGUGAGAAAGAGAGGAAGAAAAUAAGUUUUUGACAUUGGGUAUAAUUUUUGAUAUGCAAGUUUUUUUCUUUUACCAAAGUGCAUGACCAAAGUACAUAAAUUGGCUCAUUUUA